UCUCUCUCUCUCUCUCUGGGUCACUGUUUACUCUCUCUCUCUCUCUCCCUCCCCCAUUUUUUGUGCAGGGCUACUGAGCUAGGGUUUUGGACGCUCGCCAUGGCCGAUUUCCAGACCUCGACUCACCGAAGCAAGUGGAUCUUCACGCCCGAACAGCUGGCGGAAAAAUACAAGGCUGCGAAUCAGCAAGCAAUAGAAACAUUGGAGAAGUAUGGAGUAGCACUAGCGAAGGUAAAUGAUGACGGGUCAUUAACGUACCCCGAAAUUGCCAAAGAGAAUGCUGACAAGCAUUCUCGUCCAAAAGCGGUUACCAUUGAAGAGGAGCAAUUGAUGAGAGUAUUUUAUGAAACUAAACUUCAAGAAGUGUGUAACAACUUUCAUUUCCCUCAUAAAGUUCAGGCAACAGCUCUCAUAUAUUUUAAAAGGUUUUAUCUAAGAUGGUCAGUUAUGCAACAUGAACCAAAAAAUAUAAUAUUAACCUGUAUAUAUGCGGCUUGUAAGAUAGAAGAAAGCCAUGUAUCAGCAGAGGAGCUUGGUAAGGGGAUCUCACAGGAUCAUCAAAUGAUACUCAAUAAUGAGUUGAUAGUUUAUCAGAGUUUGGAAUUUGAUCUCAUUGUCUAUGCACCAUAUCGCUCAGUUCAAGGUUUUAUCCAUGAUAUGGAGGAAUCCUGCGGAUUAGAGGAUGACCAGCUUCCAAUGCUUCAGACUUUGCGGGACACUGCAAAGAUGGAUGUUGAUAAAAUCAUGCUCACAGAUGCACCACUUCUAUUCCCUCCUGGACAGUUGGCCUUGGCUGCGCUGCGUAGUGCAAAUCAGGUGCACAAAGUUGUUGACUUUGACAGAUACUUGGAGAGCAUGCUCUCUCGUAAGAGUUCUGCACAUACCAUUUCAGAGCUAGUUGAAUCCCUUAAUGCAAUUGAUUCUUGGGUAAGGAGAUACAAAUUUCCUUCUGACAAGGAAAUCCUGCACAUCAAUCGGAAACUGAAAUCUUGUUGGGGUCAAAGUUCGCGUGACGAAAGCAAGAAGCGGGAUAAGAAAUCGAAGCACAAGUCCAAGAGGGGUUCAAAUGAAGCACAAAAUGUAACUUAAAAUGUAAACUGAUCCCAGUCUUUCACAUCGUACUGUUUUGUCUUGCUCGGGGAGACGCUCAAGGAUUUGAUUGUAGCAGAGAGAAAAUUUUAACAUUCUCUAAAUACCUCUCCUUUCACUUCCAUUUCACUUUUGUAUUUGUUGUACUAUCAAUUAAAUCAGCUAAGAUUGAGCGGGAGAAACGAAUUCUGGAUGCAAUAUAUUCACUCAUAAUUUAUAUCUAUGGCAUUUAGAAGAUGCACAUCC